AUCAACGUCCAGACUUGCUUGACCGUACUUUCUGCACACAUUAUUGACACACUCUCAUUGCUCCUUCCUUUCUGACCAGUGUAAACAUCGCCAACCUAACCUCACCCGUCACCUGCGGCACCGCCACUCACACGCAGUCAGCCGGCCGGCCCUGAAUGACGCGUGCUGUUUUGAUUGCGGCAGAGGAAUGAAACUCUGACACAACGGCAUUGUUACCCAUCCACCCACGCCGAGUCGCAAAGCACUCCCAAUACACGCAGCACACGGUCGCCAUCGACGGCCAUCAGUCUGGUCCAUCACUGAGCACCGCUCCAUUCCACACCAUCCUUUCCCUUGCGCCGCGUCAUUCUCCGCAAACUGCACGCCGUGGAGACAAACGAGCAACGAGCGACACAGAAUCACACAUUGCGCAGGCACUUCGCAUUAGCAAGUCGCCACCAGUGUGGGCGCAAGGCGACUGCGCGUUCGCACUACUCCCCAUGAGUGUGCAAUGAUGGAGAUUGAAUAUUCUCCAGGUCACUCCAGUGGCGGCGCACCGCACUUAUUAUCACCAACCCAUGCGCAUGGCUCGCCAGUCGACAAUUUCGCGGCAAUUAGGCAAUUGCGGCGGUCGUUGUCGCGGUCGCCAUCUAAGCCGCAGCGCUACCCGUUGAGCGCGCGCAAAUCUGCAGACACUUCUCCAAAUGCGCCAAGGUCGCCUUCUGGUCUUGCGCGGACCUUCAGCGCUGACCCGCCGAGCAACCUCCACGCGAGGCCAGUCUACUCUGUGAAGCGCACUGGACCUGUGCGCACAGUUUCUCGCAAGACCUCACCGAACAGUCCGCUUAGACGCGCACUGAGCGACAACACCAACCAGGCAAAUGCAUCGCCAAGGUUGCUGCGCAAAACCAGCGCCGGAGACGGACAAGAAAAUCAGGACAGGAUGGACUGUUCGGAGGAUGCUGCACCAAGCAUGAGCAGUUCACGGUUCGAUCAACCGAUUAAGCUCGAAUUCCUUAAGCCGGACAAGCUGCUCAAGCCUGUCAUGAAGGACCAGGUAUCACCUCUCAAGUCGAGUCCGUUGAAGAGAAGUGAUGGAGUCAUGAAUCUGGAGGCCGCAGGCUUUGGCAGUCCGCGCCACAAGCGCAGAAGCCUGCACAGCCCGUCUUCGUUGAGUGCGGACUUCAACGUGUUCGACCAAGGCCUAGACGGCACGACUAGCGACUCGACUGACUCAACGGCGAGCCGCUCAUCGGAUGAAAAGGAGCGGGACGGCACUACUGCGUGCCAGCCAACAUGGUCAGUUCCAGCAGCAAAUCCUGUGCAGCGACGCCCGUUCAGCCUCCGCAAGUCUACACUGUACCAGCGUACAGGUGCUGCUCGUACUAGGCCAUCCAUCGACGGUGGGCGGGAGUCGCUCUUGAGCCCAGCGCUUACCCGCGCUCGAUCACGCAUAUCUUUGGAUAGUGCGCUUCCACUUCGUAGCGCCGACUGCGACUCGCCUUUUCGCAGGAACGGUAUUGAUGAGCCGCCUGUACUAUUCCCGCCGCCAGGUCAGAAGCCGUAUCAGUCAGCUCCCAAGCCGCAUCCACUAUCUCACGCUCUAACGCCUUCUUCGUCGACUUCGAGUAUGGCAGAAGAUUUGCCGCAGUCACUGCAACAAUCAUCGGCGGCUAGCGUGUUGAAGGUCGAGCCAAUGAGACCUCCUGGGAGCUUCUCGAACUCUUUGCCGGCUGGUGCUCUCCGGCCAAGUGGACAGGCAGACACUGACUCAAGUCAAAUGUCCUCGCAAGGCUCCUUCGCUACACCAGUAGCGUUCAAAAUGGCCAAGCCCUUCCCUCAACCAUUCCACUCCACCGGUUUAAUCUCUAAGCGCAACCGGAACGUGGAACUACCUCAUGCAGACUUCGGCUGCUCCGUAAUGCCGGAUACGCCAUCGAAGAAGGCUGUACAUAUAAGCCACGCCUUCUCACCUGCUCCGGCUUCGGUAUUGGGCAAGGUGGUGCAACCGCUCCAUGAGUUUGGCAGCCCCAGCACACCUUUCAAUGCCAGGACGUCCAAGAACUCGCCAGAGUCUUUCGGCAAAGGCGCUAACAUAUUCGGGUCGAUUGCUGGUGCGCCGCAGCUUACUCGUCGGAACAGCUUCCUAAGCGUUGAUGGCGGUGACGACCUUAAUGACUCGCCGACUCACCGUUUGGAAAGUCAGUCGAGCAAUGACGAUCUUCCUCCAACUCCUACAAAGUCAACAGCAGUCAUGGCUAGACCGCAAUCGAAGGGCAAGAGCAACAGUCUGCGUAGCAGUUUGUUCGGGAGGAGGACGUCUUUGGCCCCGGACACCUUCGCGUUGCCAUCCGCAGGCGAUCAAGUGCUAGCUAAUGAGGAUGACACAGUGACCGCUAUGAACACUAAUGUAGAGAGUGGCGACAAGCGCUCCCCACAUACUCCGCAGGAUGCGCUGGAGUUCUUCGCACCGCCGGAUCCUAGCAACUUGUCAAUCUCCGCAGAACAGCGGCCAAUGACUGCCUUGGGUAAGAGUACUGUGUCGUUCCCACCUGCGACACCAACCGGACCUAGAGAGCAUACCAGCAGCACGAGUUUCUUCCCGGCAAACGCAUCGUCGAGCUACUUCGCCAACGAUGUCGAUACAUCACUCAGCUCACGCUUCGCAAAGGUCACGGUCUCCGGCGGCGGUGAAUUCUCUCAGGUUUACAGGGUCGAGAAGCCACUCCCAGGCGCUGUUGGCUCGCAUACCCAGUCCAGCCCAGGCGCGAGAGUAUGGGCGGUAAAGAAAUCUAGGAAGCCUUACACUGGGCAGAAAGACCGUCAGCGUAAGAUGCGUGAGGUCGAAGUGUUGCAAGCAUUGCGCGGUCACGAGCACGUCGUGGAGCUGGUUGAUCACUGGGAGGCUAAGGGCCACCUUUACAUCCAAACUGAGUUCUGCGAGAACGGCAACCUGAGGGACUUCUUGCUCGCUACUGGUUUCAAGGGUAGAUUGGACGACUUCAGAAUCUGGAAGAUCCUGCUUGAGCUUUCGCAAGGGCUGAAGUCCGUUCACGACGCCAACUUCAUCCACCUCGAUCUUAAGCCCGCCAACGUGUUUAUCGACUGGGAGGGUGUGCUCAAGAUUGGCGAUUUCGGCAUGGCAAGCUCGUGGCCCGCACCGGCGCAUCUAGAGGGCGAAGGUGAUCGCGAAUACAUUGGCCCGGAAGUGCUCGCAGGCCGCUUUGACAAACCUGCGGAUAUCUUUGCACUGGGCAUGGUCAUGCUGGAGAUUGGUGGGAAUAUUGUUCUACCCGACAACGGCGACUCGUGGCAGCGAUUACGUGCAGGUGAUCUGAGCGACCUACCGAGCCUCUCUUGGACGUCUGAUGGCAGCUUGCUGCGCGACGAGUCUGGCGAACCAGUUGAGAUGCAUGCAAUGACGGCGAACGAGCUGCUCUCAUUUGCGCCUAUUAUUGGUGUAGAAGAGGAGUUUGACUUCUUACGUCCCGCAAUGCAGGGGCACGGGCGUAAGCGCAGUCGCGAUCUGGUUGCGCCGCCGAAGUUCAUGGUCGACCCUACGGAUCCCAAUGCGCUGGACCAAGUCGUGCAGUGGAUGAUCUGCCCUGACCCAGAUGUCCGGCCCACGGUCGACCAGCUGCUUCAGGCUGGAGGCGUGCAAUGGGUGGACAAGCGUCGAAGGGCUGGAGCAACAGUGUACGAAGGCAGUUGGGGUCCUGCUGACGACGUUGUCCGCAUCGGACAAGAUGUUGAGAUGGUGGACAUCUGAUUCCUCAAAGCCGGGUUUGUGGGCUGACCGCGCAGCGCCAUGUCUCGGCAGCUGAGCGCCUCCCGCCGCAUGGUGCGUAUGGGCUUGGAUCGGAGAUGCACGGUGGCCUUUGCACUUUUCUGCGUUUCGAGCAAGAUGUUCUGACGGCCAAUUAAGUGUUAUGAGAUAUGAGAAGCAUCUUCACAUCGAAAGGCAAGGGGCUGGAGCACAGUACUAGAAAGCUUCCGGCGCGUGUGCAGAUGGAAUCCACGAGUAGAAUUCAGGUGGCGUUUGCUGCUUUGCGAUUUGCUUGCUAACGGCAGCUGGACCAGCGCAAACAAUGUACUUUACAAUGCAAGUGACCCUACGCAUCACAAUCUCCU